AUGUUCCUGGGGAAUGUGGUGCUUCUUUAUUGGUAUGGAAGAAUGCUAUCGGUUGUGAACGUUUUCUGUGGUCAAGAACAUUUCACCCCUGAAUGCAAGUUCAAAGAAUCGGUGUUUGAAAAUUAUUACGUGACAUAUUCAUCAAUGAUCUACAGACAGCAGCAGUCGGGCAGAGGAUGGUAUUUGGGACUGAACAAAGAAGGAGAAAUAAUGAAAGGAAACCACGUGAAGAAAAACAAGCCAGCGGCCCAUUUCCUUCCCAAACCGCUGAAAGUUGCCAUGUACAAAGAACCAUCUCUUCAUGAUCUCACUGAAUUCUCCAGAUCUGGAAGUGGCACGCCCACCAAAAGCCGCAGCGUCUCCGGAGUGUUAAAUGGAGGUGGCAAGUCCAUGAGUCCAAAUGAAUCGACGUAG